AUGAAGUUCUUCAGCGGCAGCAAGGCUUCAAGGAAGAGUGCUUCUACUUCCAGUGUUGACGAGAGCGACAUUCCCCAGAGCCCCAACGCAGCGCCUUCGUCCUCGUCCUCGUCGCCCACCAAGAAGCCUGCACGGCCCGUCUCCCACCACCACAAGGACACCACCAAGGCGUCGUCAACGUCCAAGUCCUCUCGCCUCUCGCGACACUCGACGGACGCAGGUCACUCGCGCCGCAGCAGCAAGUACGACCCGGAUACCCAUCCAUUGAAUCUGCCGCCUGAAGAGCGGGAGCGCAAGCGGCUGUCGGCCAUGUCCAAUUCUGCCAUGAACUCCAACUCGAUGGAUGUCGACCCGCAGCCCGUGAACGGCGCGGCAUCGCCGCCGCCGCCGCCCGCCAAGGGCUCGUCGAACGCCUCUGCCCAAAAGAACUUUGCCGUGCCCAUCACCAAUGGCAGCAUGGCGCCAAACGGCAACGACGAGGCCCCAGCGCCGCCGCCGCACAAGUCCAACCCGUCCAGCCCCGUCCCAUCGCCGCUAGAGGAAGCAGAGUCAUACAAGACGGCCGGAAACCGGCUGUUCAAGGAGAAGAACUAUGCCAAGGCCAUUGAGCAGUAUAGCAAAGCUGUGGAUCUGUUUCCCAACUCGGCAACCUAUCUGGGCAACCGGGCGGCUGCCUACAUGUCAAAUGGCCAGUUUGAGGCCGCUCUGGACGACUGCAGUCGUGCCACGGACCUCGAUCCUAACAACGCCAAGGUGCUGUUGCGCCUGGCGCGAAUCUACACCGGCCUGGGACGGCCGGAGGAGGCCAUGACAACAUACUCCCGUAUUGUCCCACAGCCGUCCGCCAAGGACAUGGCCCCCACCCGCGAGAUGCUGCAUCACAUCAAGUCGGCCAAGGAGACGCUCCAACGAGGCUCAGCCAUGUCCAUGGUGCUACAUGCUCUGGACCAGGCCGAGCGUGGCCUUGGCUCCGGCGUUUCCAAGCCGCGCAAAUGGCAGCUAAUGCGGGGAGAGGCUUACUUGAAAAUGGGCCGCGAGAACUCAUUAGGAGAAGCUCAGGGCGUCGCCAUGUCGCUGCUGCGUCACAACAACCAAGACCCCGAGGCUCUAGUUUUGCGUGGUCGCGUCCUCUAUGGCCAGGGCGAGAAUGAAAAGGCCAUCCAAUACUUCAGAAUGGCCUGCAGCUGCGAUCCUGACUACCGAGAUGCAGUCAAGUGGCUGAGAAUUGUCCAGAAGCUCGACCGCAUGAAGGAAGAGGGCAACACUGAGUUCAAGGCUGGCCGAUUCCAGCAAGCCAUCCAGAAAUACAGCGAUGCUUUGGACAUUGACCCGUCAAACAAGAGCAUGAAUGCCAAGCUACUGCAGAAUCGUGCCCAGUGCAAGAUUAAGCUGCAAAAGUAUGAGGAUGCUAUUGUCGACUCAGAACGCGCCGUCUCCCUUGACCCCAGCUACACCAAAGCCCGCAAGACAAAGGCCAAUGCUCUCGGCAAGCUAGGAAACUGGGAAGAGUCCGUCCGUGAAUGGAAAGCUAUCCAUGAUAUUGAUCCCACGGAUAACUCGAUUCGCAAUGAGAUUCGCAAGGCAGAGCUGGAGCUGAAGAAGAGCCAGCGCAAGGAUUACUAUAAGAUCAUGGGCCUUGAAAAGGAUGCUGAUGCUAACGACAUCAAGCGAGCAUACCGCAAGAUGGCUGUCAAGCUACACCCUGACAAGAACCCUGGUGAUGCGGAGGCAGAGGCCAAGUUCAAAGAUAUGCAGGAAGCCUAUGAGACGCUCAGCGAUCCUCAAAAGAGAGCCCGCUACGAUAAUGGCGAUGAUCUCAUCGACCCUGCUGACAUGUUCGGUGGUGGUAUGGGAGGUGGCAUGGGCGGCAUCGACCCCGAGAUCCUGUUCAGUAUGAUGGGCAACCAGGGUGGCUUUGGAGGUGGUGGCUUCCAAUCCAGGGGCUUCCCAGGAGGUGCUGGUGGCUUUCCUGGGGGUGCCAGCUUCAACUUUGGCGGUGCUGGUCCUGGUGGUCGACAACGAGGCGGCUACCCAGGUGCUGGUGCCGGAUACCCCUUUUCGUGA